GGGCCCGGGACGACGAGGAGCAGCUCCGAGCGGGCAGCCGGCGGCGACCCAGAGCGUAAGUUCCAGGAAAGCAGGAACCUUGUCUCUCUUGUUCCCUGGUGUACCUCUGCAUAUAGAACAGUGCCUGGCACAUAGUAGGUGCUGAGCUCCGCGGGGCGGCGGGGACCAGCCGGAGGCCGAGCGGUGUGAGGACCAUGGCGGCCGCCAGGCCCAAGGGCGGCGGCCCCCAGAACGCGAGCUGCAGCAUCCUGACCUUCCACCCGACGGCCGCCGAGUUCGCCGACUUCGAGCGCUACGUGGCGCUCAUGGAGGCGCAGGGUGCGCACCGCGCGGGGCUGGCCAAGGUGGUGCCGCCCGCCGGCUGGCGCGCGCGGCGCAGCUACGACGGCCUGGAGGACACGCGCAUCCCCGCGCCGCUGCAGCAGCUCGUGUCGGGCCGCGCGGGCGUGUUCACGCAGUUCCACCGGCGGCGGCGCGCGCUCAGCCUACGCGAGUACCGGCGCCUGGCGCGCAGCCCCGCACACCGGCCGCCGCCGCACGCGGGCGCCGACGAGCUGGAGCGGCAGUACUGGCGCACGCGCGGCUUCGGGGCCCCGCUGUACGGCGCCGACGUGAGCGGCUCGCUGUUCGACGGCGCGUGCGCGCACUGGAACCUGGCGCGGCUGGGCACCGUGCAGGACCUGCUGCGGCGCGAGUGCGGCACGGUCAUCGAGGGCGUCAACACGCCCUACCUGUACUUCGGCAUGUGGAAGACGGCGUUCGCCUGGCACACGGAGGACAUGGACCUGUACAGCAUCAACUACCUGCACUUCGGCGCGCCCAAGACGUGGUACGCCGUGCCGCCCGAGCACGGGCCGCGGCUGGAGCGCCUGGCGCGGGAGCUGUUCCCGGGCAGCGCGCGCGGCUGCGGCGCCUUCCUGCGGCACAAGGUGGCGCUGCUGUCGCCGGGCGUGCUGCGGGCCAGCGGCAUCCCGUGCGGGCGCGCCACGCAGGAGGCGGGCGAGUUCAUGGUCACCUUCCCGGCCGCCUACCACUCGGGCUUCAACCACGGCUUCAACUGCGCCGAGGCCAUCAACUUCGCCACGCCGCGCUGGGUGGACUUCGGCAAGGCGGCGGCGCAGUGCAGCUGCGGGGAGGCGCGCGUGGCCUUCCCCAUGGACGUGUUCGUGCGCGCGCUGCAGCCCGAGCGCUACGACCAGUGGCGGCGGGAGCGGGCGGCGGGAGCGACGCGGAGGCGCGGGAGGCCCCGGGGGACGCGCACCGGACCCCGCCCCGCUCCGGGCCCCGCGCCCAGCCCCCAGCGGCCCGCGCCCUCCGCGCCGCCGGGAGCCGGGGACCGGCCGGGGGUGGGGGCGGGGGCGGGCCGGGGCCGCGGGCGGGGCCGGGGGCCCGGGCGGCGGCCCCGGGAAGACAGGGCCCAGGAUGCGGGGCCCCGGACCCGCCGGCGCCUGUCCUCGGGCGGGGCGCGCGCAGCUCAGGACCCCGGGGACCCGGCCCCGUCCGCAGGGCCCGCGCGGUGUUCGAGGUGCUGCACCGCCCCUGCUGUAUGAAGCCGGCCGGCCGGCUGGGGCUGCCGCGGGAUCUGCCGGGCGCGGGCGCCGGUGUGCGGACACUACUAGCUCCGGGGUGGGCCGGACCGGGAGCUGCGGGCCUGGCGGGGGUGCCCAGCCUGACCAGCCGGGUCAGCGAGGGCUAGGAAGUAAUUCCUGAUCGUUCUGAGGGACGGAAGGGUUGGCAUUCAUCACCAGUAUUUGUUCACAAAUCUAUUAAAAGCAUUAAAUCUGA